AAAUACAUGUGAGGAGCUAGACAUAGAAAAUGGAACCCCCAAUUAGAAACUACCAUACCCUAACUUUUCCAACAUUCGAGAAGCCGCCAUUGGAUUCCGGUGGCAGCCGUCAUCUUCGAGAAGGCGUAGGGUUGAUUCUUUCUCGAUGGAGGGCACUGCAAUUGGCUGUUCAGAACCAAUGGGGAGGCCAUGAUUCCCUUCAGAAGUCCCACCAACUAGCAAAUGACGUCUUGUGUUGGUUUUUACAUUGCAAGGGCCGGCUUCACGUGGAGGAUCUCGAGAAUUUGUUGCAUGAGAAUCUCCUGCUGAAUUUCAACACCGAGAUCGAAGACGGCAGCAUUGAGGAAGUGGCAGAACAGCUGAUGGUGAUGUACGAAGAACACUUGCACAAGAACCAUUAUCACAAACCCUAAUUUAAGGUUUCGAUAAUACGAGUUUCAGCUGCUAGAUCAGACGAUGCCAUGCGUGCUGGCC